UAUUAUUUUUUACGACAUGCAUUCUGCAUGCUGCAUAGUGCACGUGUACUUACUGUUUCAGUGUUUGUUGGUUGCUGGAUCACGCAACGGAUACCUACACCCUACUAAUACUAUUACUGUUCCCUAGCCAAGUAAAAAGACGGUGUAACAUUGUCUCAGCUGCCUACAACAAAGACUUUGGGCUUGGUCAGUGAGUUGCACUUUCCUCUCAGUUUCGCCUCUCUUCAUGCGUUAGAGACUCGCAGUGUACGCCGACUUUGGAAAGCCACUGGCGUGAGUCGGGAAGCUACUGGCGUGGUUCACAAUAGUAACAUUGGUGUCUUCACUGCAGCGCAAAUUGCUCUCAAUCUCUCAGCUCUUAGUGAGCACUGCUGAUUGGUGUUGGUGGACAACGCUGGACUCUGCCGCCCGUUGCCGUUCCACCAUCAACAGCUACGAUAUAUAGAAGAUCAAAAAUUAUUAAAGUACGUGCCGUUGACAGGAUUCGAUCGGAGUGUGCAAGAUUUGUGGGCAGCUGACAGCGCUAGCGUAUCGUGCGUCAGCGGUGACAAGCGCGAGGAGUAAAACAUCGUGACAAUUUCAGCUUGUGUGCGCUGAGGGUGCAGAAGAUCGAGCUAUCCAGGAGGACUAAUAAGUAAUAUCGUAAGGGAAGAUUGAUCGAGUUUGGAUUUGUGCCGAGCUCGCUCCACUUUCGAUUUCUUGCGGAUGUGAAGCUGUGCUGUCAACCUGCGACAUCACAGUGCCACAGCGUCCUAUUCAGGCUAUUGUCCCUCUCCGCGUAGUGCCACAGCGUCAUAUUGUCGUUCCCUGCGCCGUGCUAGUAAUAAUAUAAUUAUUAUAAUAUGGGAAAUCGGCGGAAUGUCACCUUAGCUCUGGUCCUUCUUGCUACAGUACCGUGGAUGCUUGUGAUGAUCUGGACGACGGUUUCACAACGAGGAAUCCUGCCGGAUCCGAACGCGUCGCAUCUACUGCACUCCCCGUCGCCGACUUGGCGUGAGUAUUCAACAGUGGCAGUUCGACUGGCCAGAAUCGAGAGACAUCAGCUGAGACGGGCACCAGCGGCGACCAAGGCAGUCGAAGCGAGCGUUCUGCAGCAUCUCAGGUCCGCUCUGCAGUCGCAUCGCUCAGUAGUGGAAGCAGUACCAGCAGCAGCAACAGCAGCAGCAGCAGCAGUACCAGCAGCAGAAGCAGCUGUGACUGUCAGUGCACCACAGGACAGUGGAAAUGUAAUGAACAGUGGCCACAGCAAUCAGGGACCAAGUCCGGGACCAGCAGAAAUAGUGGAUUCUGCUGCUCGUGGAAAGACUGUACAAGGCGAAAAUAGCGAUGGCGUUGAGCGUGUGCGGCUAAAAGUGCUGGUCAAAACCGGUCCGAAGAAUGGACAGCGGCGUCGCAAUGUGCGUUUCAAUUGGGUGGAUGAGUGUAAUCUUGGUUUGCUGCAUAGGAAGCGUCUGAACGCCGAGCACGAUCGUGUGCAGUACGGACGCCAGCUUUCCUUGCUAAAGGACGCGUACUACAACAUUCCCGGCCAUGAGUAUGUCGGUGAAGGAGGCCGGACGAUUCUGGACGUCGCGUGUAUGUUUGUGACGGGUCGCGACGCCAACGCGGCAGAGAAUGCACGCCUCCAGCAGGAGUUCGACGAGAACGGCGACAUCAUGAUGGGCAACUUCACGGACAGCUAUGGCGUCAUGACGGCCAAGACCGUUUGGAUGCUGCAGUGGAGCGUGGAGACGCUGCAGUACGAUUACGUCAUGCUCAUCGACGACGACGCCACCAUCAUCUGGUCCAACUUCGUGCCGCUGGUUCUGGCUUCAGCACGAGAGCGUCUCUACUGCGGCCACCAGCACACCACACUGGGUGUGAAGCACUGCGAGGACGACACCAAUGGAGAGAUGCUCAAGAAGAACUGCGUCAGCUGGAAGCAGUACAACAAGGCCGACUACCCGCCGUUCGCGUCGGGCUUCGCCUACUUUGUGUCGCGCGACGUGGCCAGGGUCAUUGUUCGCUCGGCGCUGCUGCGCCUGACCACCCCGGGAUUGCCCGGCAACGUGGAGGACGCCAUGGUGGGUGUCCUGGCCAAGGAUGGUGGCAUUGAUCUCACGCCAUCGCCGCGCUUCGUGCACUACGAGCACGACAACGUGCCGCGGGCGUGCCGCCAGCAACCGGCCCCGGCCGUCUUUGGCAACGCGGCACAGUACAUUCUCAACACGCUGACCAGCAAGGGGAAAAACGGUCAACUGCUGUGCAUGAGGUAACGUCUAGCCAUCGUUUCAACGGCCUUGACUUAAUACGCCGUCAACUCGCUUUGCGCACUAUGAGCAUGACACCGUACCCAGAGUGUGCCGCCAGCAGUCUCCUCCGGCCAUCUUUGACCACGCGGCACAGUACGUUCUCGACACGCUGACGAGUAAGGGGGAAACGGUCAACUGCUGUGCAUGAGGUAACGUUAGGCUUGCGUGAGACAUUAUCACAGUAUAUCUAGCCAUCGUCUCAACAACAGCCUUGACUUAAUACGCCGUCAACUCGCUUCAUGCUCUACGAGCACGAUAACGUACCCAGAGCGUGCCGUCAGUAUACCCACCAGCUGUGUUUGGCAACGCGGCACACUACAUUCUCAACACGUUGACGUGUAAGGGGAAGAACGGUCAACUGCUAUGCAUGAGGUAACGUCAGGUUUACGUAAGACCUCAUGUUAGACUUGCGUAAGACCUCAUCAGAAUAUAUAUUAUAGCCAUCGUCUCAACAGCCUUAACUUUAUUCAGCUGCAUUUCGCAGUAAAACCUUGCUAUUUUUGCCGAAAUUUGGCCCGUUUUGAAUACUCACUUUAAUCAAGCCAUUGCAUGCUCAGGACAGCCAAAGACUCGGUGCGUCUUCUGUUUUCUUGAUAGUUUCAACACUUGGUCAGUUAGAAGUCUUGUUCUAGAUUUUAAAUCUAUAAAACAAGUAUGGACUCGGA